AUGAUGGUUGCGUUCAAUAAUGCUGCUGAUGCUUUCGAUGCUACUGUGACGGCUGGAACAAGAUUCGGACAAGCGGCUAAAGUGGUGAUGUUUACGCUGCUGGUGGAUAUCGGUGUGACGAACGCUCGUUGUCGAACGUUCAACCGUGUUAUGACAGCCAUAAACAUCCGCCUAGAAACGAUGAUGAAUGGAAAGCAAGUUACCGAGAAAGGAGGACGAGCGGAAAGCGGACACGAUAUGAGGCACAAGGAGGCCGUGGUGGAACGAGGAGAUGGACGAAUGAUUUGA